AUGUACUCUAUAUCGCUCGCUGCCGUGGUCUGGAGCGUCGCGGUCGCGGCGGCCGCUGCCGCCGCCGCCGCAUCCGAGACCACCUUCUCCCUCAGCGCCGUGCCCAACAACAGCACACGCAUAAACCUCGUCACCACCUACGCGCGGCUCUACCACAAGUACAACAUGUCGCUCCCGGCAACCCUCUCCUCCGUCCUCCAGCACCAGCACCGAGCCCUCGCCGCACGCGGCGAUGCCGGCUCCGCCAUUGCCUACCCGAGCUCGGCCAACGACGGCGAGUACUUGAUCGACGUCGACGUCGGCACUCCGCCGAAACGCUUCCGGCUCAACCUCGACACGGGCUCGAGCGACGUCUGGGUGUACGGGUCCGCGAUCCCCAAGUCGUUCCUCAAGGGGCAGGCGCAGUACGAACCGUCUCAGAGCAGUACGUCCCGGCUGGUGCCAUUCGCAGUGUGGCUGGCGGGGUACAUUGACUUUGGCUUUGUCGGGGGGGCCGUCUAUAAAGACACCGUAUCGGUGGUGGCGGCGGAGGGAGACGGUGGCGGGCUGACGGUGCAGACCCAGGGGCUGCAGGUGGCGGCGCUGGUGGCGAGGAGCAUUGUUCAGGACGCGGGUAUGGAUGGUAUCCUGGGACUCGGGUUUGAUAAGCUCAACUUUGCGUUUCCAACAAAGCAGAAGACGUGGUUCAGCAACAUUAAGAAGCGGCUGAGCGCGCCGCUGUUUACCGUCGACUUUCAACACAGAAAGCAGGGCAAGUAUACGUUUGGGUAUAUUGACAAAGCCGUCGGCCCUGUCACUUACACGCCCGUGGACGCGAGCGCGGGCUACUGGACGUGGACGUCGCCCGGCUACGCCGUCGGCAAGCAGCCCUUCAAAGCGCGCAGACUCACCGGCACGCUAGACACGGGCACGACCAUCGUGAUCCUGCCCGCCGACGUGGUCGCGGACUACUACGCGGGCGUGCCGGGCACGACGUACAGCGCCGUCGAGCACGGCCAUGUUUUCGACUGCGGCGCGACGUUGCCAGAUUUUACGUUUGGCGUAGCACCCGACACCACAAUCACCAUUCCGGGAACGUACAUCAAGAGGUAUGGGGCGGACAGCGCGCCAGGCAAGUGCAUAGGUGCGAUGCAGAGCGGCGCGGGCGACAUGGUGGUGUUUGGGGCGCCGGCGCUCAAGGCUGGCGUGGCGGUGUUUGAUGCCGGAAAUUUACGGAUUGGCUGGGCGAACAAGACGUUGAUAUGA